AGCCGGGCCUUGAAAAGCCGACCCGGGCCCUCAAGGUUGACAAAGUCAACGCAGCGUUUUUUUUCUUCCCCAAAAGUUAUAAACAGAAGCUAAGUUGGCUUUAGCAUAUUUUGGUGGAGGUGUGCAAAUAUUAACCAUUGUCUCAUCUGAUUUUGCAGACUAUGCCGCCAGAAAUGACCGUCAACGACCUAAAGGAAUGGUUCAAAAGAGCCUCGGAUUGUCAUUACGAAUUACAUUCGACAUGUGAACUUGAUAAUGAUGCCAAAAGAUCAUCUCUAAGUAUUUCAGAAGGUAGACAAUUCACAAGUUUAAAAGUCAUCUUCAAUCGGUUGGAUGGCGAAGUGGAUGAAUUUGGAAGUGGUUAUGGAACUAUGGAAGCAACACCUCAGCUCACUAUUGAAGGUCCAAUUAAAGAAUUCCAAUUUCAUGGGAAAUGCAUAGAGCGGAUUUGGAGCGAAUCGAACUCUUACGGAGUCAUGCAAUGCGGUGUCAAAUUAGGGAUCUGGAAGACGUUUAGCUUGGACAACAAACUAAAAGCCUUUGUUGAGUACUGUGAAGGAAAGCCAACCAACCACAGUCUUUUGGUAAAGUCCGGUAACUCCUGCCUCAUCGGUAAUUAUCUGGAACACGGAAACAUCCAAGGCAAAGGCAUCUAUUUGUACCCCGGCUUUAAAUACGCCAUUUCCGGAGACUUGAUGGGAGGAAAAAUGCGUAAUGGUCAAUUCGCCAAGGUUCUUGGUGCUCAGAUCCAUCAUUCCCCAUAUGGCGUUCCACAACCCAUCCUUGAGUUUCAAACCAACAACCUCCCAAUUUGCUACGAUCCCGCUACAAGUCUGAGAAUAAGUAAAACUCCCCUUGUGCCCGAUCCAUAUGAAGACUUGGCGGUAUUUGUAAAAGAAUCAGGUACUCCUGGAGCCGGAGAAGGUCUUUUCGCCAAGCAAAAUUUUCAAGCAGGAGAUUUGAUCUCUCUUUUUAACGGACUGAAAAUAUUCAAGACGAGUCGAAUCACAAAGAUAUCUGCGGAGUCAGAGGAUUGGUCAGACUAUCGACUGACUGUAGAUAAGGACGUUGACAUUGAUAUCACUGAGGACCUGGUCUCAUUGAAAACGUAUUGCGCUAGUCACGGUCAUAAAGCUUGCCACAGUUUUGAGCAAAAGAAUGCUAAAUUUGACAACUUAUUUCAUCCACGGUUCGGAGAGAUUAUGAGCAUUGUGGCUUUGACGAACAUUCCUAAAAAUUCGGAGAUUCUGGUAAACUAUAAUUACGAUCUGACUUUGGCUCCGGUUUGGUAUAGAGAUUUAUGGCAACAAUUUCAAACCAAGUGUACCUCAUGCUGACUUAUGAUCUUAAAAAAACAUAUGUGAUUAAAUAAAACUUCAUCAUGUCAAUUUCAUUCGA